AUGGGAAAGCAGGCCGUGCGCUUGCUGCUCCCUGAACAAGGAGCUUUACGAGCUGCCACGCCCGGUACGCAGGCCACUCUCUCUUGUGCUGUGGAUACCCUCUUCCGCAUUGAGGAAGUUCGGAAGACGCGUGCAGACGGAGAAGUUGAAGGACAGCUGUGUGUGGUGCUGACUGCAGACCAAGGCUGGCCUGGCCUCGACGAGGAUGAGGCGGAGGGCACCCUUACCGUCCUUCUGGCUGCUUCUAAUUUGGAGGAGGCCAUCUUCAGCUCGACACAUGCGCUGGCGCUUGCUCGGGACGAGGAGGCACACAUCUUCCACUCCGUGGAAAUCAUUGACCAUUUGCAGGAAUCUUUUCCAAGCAUUGCCGAUGGAAUGGCGGAGGAGUUAUCAGAGAACCAACAAGAGAAAUGA